GACAGAUCAGGGAUAAGUACAUGGGAAGAACUGGACAAUUAGGUGUGUGUGGGUGGGGGGGGUGUCUGUUUUUCUGUGAUUGACAGUCAUAGGUCCUCCCCCUUCCUCCAUUCCUCUUCUCCCCUGCCUGCUGCAGGGCACUCCGAGGAAAGCAACUUUGCAGACCGUAGUUUAACCACCGGGCAGCGAAGCUUUCAAUGAACCGGAGCAACGGAGCCGUGUGAAGUGCUUCCACUGGCAGGGGAACAGCAUGCACACAGGGCUUGUUGUGCUGGUUGCUUUCUGCCUGGCUGAGGAACUGGUGCUUGGGGCUGGAGGAAGAAUACUCAGAAGUGCAUUUAUUGUGGAGAUGGGGAACGUAUGAACCAAAGUCUGUUUGCUGAGAUAUACAGCACGAACCUCAAGGAAUUAGUGCUGAGAUCUAGAGGUGGGAAGAAAUCCUAUAACGGACCAUGUGGGGGUCGAGAUUGCAGCGCGGGCUGCAAAUGUUUUCCAGAGAAAGGUGCUCGGGGUCGACCGGGACCUAUUGGGAACCAAGGACCUAUAGGUGCUCCAGGAUUUACUGGGCAAGAAGGUUUGGCAGGGGCAAAAGGUGAGAGAGGGGCAGUGGGCUCUCCAGGAUCAGCUGGACUGAAAGGAGAUAAGGGUCCAAUGGGAGUUCCUGGAUUUCAAGGCAUCAAUGGAAUUCCGGGCCACCCCGGCCAGCCAGGGCCCAGAGGUUUUCCUGGACUUGAUGGCUGCAAUGGUUCUAUUGGGAGUCCUGGCGUUUCAGGGUUGGAUGGGUUUCCUGGUACACAGGGACCACCUGGUCGCUUUGGUCCCAAAGGUCCCAAAGGAGAUCCUGUGUAUGACGAAGGUGGCCCUAAAGGAAGUAAGGGUGAAAAUGGCCUUCCUGGAUUGGAUGGGAUUUCUGGUCCAAAAGGUUUCCCUGGCCCAGCAGGUUCUGUGGGUCCUAUAGGAUUGCCAGGUUUGCAGGGGCCAAAGGGUGCAAUGGGGCCACCAGGACCAAAAGGUAAUAUGGGAUUAGGUUUCCAAGGAGAGAAAGGUGAAAAGGGAGAUGUCGGGCCAACUGGCCCUGCAGGUCCACCACCAUCCACUGGGAUACUAGAGUUCAUGGGAUUUCCAAAAGGGAAACCAGGAGUAAAGGGUGAGCCGGGCCCUAAAGGAUUCCCUGGGAGUAAAGGAUUCCCUGGCCCUCUGGGCUUUGGGGGUAUUGGCGAAAAAGGAGAAAAGGGGAUCCCUGGCUUACCAGGUGGCAGGGGAUUUCUGGGAUUGGAUGGAUCUGAUGGGAUUCCAGGGAAAAAGGGUCACGUUGGUUUCUCUGGUUUUCCUGGGCUGGAUGGAGUGCAAGGAAUGAAGGGUGAAUUAGGUGAAAUGGGUCCUCCAGGCCCUCUUAUUUCUCUUGAUAGAGAAGACGGACUGGUCUCAGUAGGUGUGCCAGGAGAUCCCGGGACUCCAGGGACUCCAGGCCCUCGAGGAGAUGAAGGAAUUGCCGGUUUACCAGGCCUUCCUGGCACCCCAGGUCUCUCAGCUCUUGUUCAAGGGCCACCAGGUCCCAUGGGAUUUCCAGGUAUUCCAGGUACUACUGGUGAACCAGGAGACCAAGGGAGAGCAACAAUUGGAUUACCGGGCACUCCAGGCAUAGAUGGUUUACCGGGUAUGCCAGGACCUCCAGGAUUGCCUGGUCCAUCACAAAUCCUCAAUGGAGAACCUGGGGAACCAGGAAGACCUGGACAACGGGGAACACCAGGAGUUUUCGGACUAAAGGGGACCAGAGGGGAUCCAGGUGAUUGUGCUUGUGAUGGAGGAGCCACAAGAGCUGGACCAAAAGGUGCACCAGGCCCUCUGGGUCCACCAGGAAGUCCUGGUGAACCUGGAUUUAAGGGUUCCAGUGGAGAUCCAGGCACUGUGGGUUCACAAGGGCUGCGAGGGCCUCCAGCUUUACCUGGUCAACCAGGUUCUCCAGGCCUUAAGGGAGAAAAAGGGGAUCCAUCUUUUGCAAGAGGCAGAGGUCCCCGGGGGGAUCUUGGUGCAAGAGGAGCCAGAGGGCCUUCUGGUAUCCCAGGAACUCCUGGCAGAGAUGGAUUCCCAGGUUUACCAGGCCAGCCAGGUCCUCCGGGUGAUGGUGGUCUAGGAUUUCCAGGUGAAAAAGGCCUGCCAGGAUUAUCCGGCUCCAAGGGCCGGCGUGGGGAGAGCGGUCUUCCUGGCAUUGGUUUCCCAGGUCCUAGUGGAGUUCGCGGCCCUGCAGGUGACCCAGGAAUGGAUGGCUUUCCAGGACAAUCAGGUCUUCCAGGUCCUCCAGGGAUCACCUUGCCCUGUGUAGAUUCUGGAGCGUUUGGUGCACCUGGGCCUCCAGGAAUACCAGGAUUUCCAGGUCCUAAGGGCAGCCCGGGGUUCCCAGGCAGUCCAGGUCAACCUGGAUUAAGUGGGUCAAAAGGACAACCAGGUAUUCCAGGAUCAAUGGGAUUUCCAGGAGCACCAGGCUUUCCUGGGCCUCGUGGAGAUCAGGGACCACAAGGACUUCCUGGACUUGAUGGAACAGAUGGUUUCCCUGGAAAGAUGGGAGCUCCUGGCUUGUCAGGGGUAAAAGGAGCUCCAGGUGAAGUGUUUGGUGCUGAAAGAGGAGCCCUGGGUGAGCCUGGCAGACCUGGAUUCCCAGGAAAUAAAGGGCUUAUUGGAGAACCUGGAUUUCCUGGACAGACGGGUGUUGACGGAAGGCCUGGCUCACCAGGUUUUAAAGGCCAACCGGGCAAUCCAGGGUUUCCAGGUAUUGGUGGAUUGCGAGGACCUCCUGGUCCUGGAGGUCCAUUUGGCAUUAAAGGAGAACCAGGUCCCAGGGGAGCAGUUGGCUUCUCAGGAUCACCAGGACUUCCUGGAGGCAAAGGACCAACUGGCGAUGCAGGUCCACCGGGCCCUGCUGGUAUGAAAGGCUUCCCAGGCCUAGAUGGUUUUCCAGGACCACUUGGGGACAGAGGAUUCCCAGGAUCACCUGGGCCUUUGGGUAGAGAUGGACGUCCAGGUUUCUCUGGAGCAAAAGGUGAAAAGGGACCUCCCGGGUUGAUUGGCUUUCCUGGCAUGCCAGGCCUGUCUGGUAUCCCUGGGGUGAGUGGGCUGAAAGGAAUUCCUGGGUCAGCUGGAAGGGAAGGAAAUAUUGGAUAUUCUGGACCCACUGGUCUAAAAGGUGACCGGGGUGAUCAAGGGCCCCCUGGACUCCUGGUUCUUAGGCCUCCAGAAUUGGCAUUGGUAUUGAAGGGAGACAAAGGCGAUCCUGGGUCAGCUGGACUGAGAGGAUUCCCUGGACCUAGAGGUGAUAAAGGAUUCCCUGGAAACCUUGGACAACCUGGUCUUCCUGGUUCACGAGGGUCGCCAGCCACAGAUAGAGGACUACCUGGUGAUGCAGGAUUCCCAGGUCUGCCUGGACCGCCUGGCUUGCCAGGACAGAAAGGACUGGCUGGAAUCAUAGGAUUACCCGGAUUUCCAGGAGAAAGUGGUUCAGAGGGUAUCUCAGGAGCACCAGGGUAUCCAGGGACUGGUGGUUUCCGUGGUCCAAAGGGUGACCCAGGGGAAUCACUUGGAAUUUCUGGUGGGUUAGGAGAUAAAGGAGAACGAGGGGACCGUGGAUUCCCAGGUGAGAGGGGAAAAGAUGGGCCAAAGGGUGAACCAGGAUACCCAGGAAGCACUGGCAUGGAUGGGCCUAAAGGUAUCCCAGGUGACCUGGGCCGAGAAGGACCACCAGGCCCCCCUGGAAUUGCCGGGUUGCGAGGAAAUGCAGGUCUCCCAGGUUCGCCAGGGCAGCCUGGACCUGUAGGAUUCAUCGGACUGUCUGGGAUAGCAGGGCCAAAAGGAUUCCCUGGAUUUCCUGGUUUAAAUGGUCUGAACGGCUUGCCAGGCACAAAAGGGUCACCUGGAACACCAGGUCUGAGUGAAGCUGGACUGAACGGCCCUGCAGGGCUUCCAGGUCCUAAGGGUGAAGAAGGUUCCCCAGGCAUUGGCCUAGGAGCCCCAGGACUCCCUGGGCAGAAAGGAUCAUCAGGAGACAUGGGUCCUCCAGGUACUUUGGGUCUGCCCGGUUUACCAGGGCCUCCUGGCAUCUCUCUUCCUUCAAAUAUACCUGGGAGGCGUGGUGAUCCUGGCCGUCCUGGAGUGGAUGGGAAUCCAGGCCCCCCAGGCCCUCCAGGUCCUCGAGGGCUCUCUGGCCCAGCCUCCAAUCAAGGUGAUACUGGCCUUCCAGGUCUCCCUGGAGUUCCUGGUUUGCCAGGCAUAAAGGGUGACAUGGGACUCCCCGGUCCACCUGGAAUUCCAGGAGCUUCAGGACUCAAAGGUGUGAAGGCUGAGCCAGGCCUUAUGGGGAUGCCAGGUAAAGAUGGGCUUCCCGGGGACCCUGGAAUUUCUGGUCUGAAAGGUGAAACUGGUCGUCGAGGUUUCCCAGGCCUACCAGGCGCUCCAGGCCUAGUACCAAAACCAGAAGAAGUCAUAGUUCCUCCAGGGCUACUUGGUCUGCCAGGAAUUGAUGGUGUCCCUGGCUAUGCUGGAGAUCGUGGAUUUCAGGGACCAGAUGGGCAGCAAGGUCCAAAAGGUCUGUCAGGCAGAUCAGGUCAGGUGGGACGUCCUGGUUUACCGGGGUCAGAUGGCAUAGUUGGGGAUCCAGGAACCCCAGGUAUUCCAGGGCUACCAGGAUUGGAAGGUGUCUCUGGAAAGCCAGGCCCAUUUGGUUUGCCUGGAAUGCCAGGUCGGGGUGUAAGCGUUGGAUACACUUUGGUGAAGCACAGCCAGUCGGAGCAGAUCCCGCCAUGCCCACUUGGAAUGAAUAAGCUCUGGGAGGGUUACAGCUUGCUGUAUGUGGAGGGGCAGGAAAAGGCGCACAACCAGGAUCUCGGUUUUGCUGGCUCCUGCUUGCCUCGCUUCAGCACCAUGCCAUUUAUUUACUGCAACAUCUACGAGGUGUGCUACUAUGCCAGCCGCAAUGACAAAUCCUACUGGCUCUCCACCACUGCUCCCAUCCCUAUGAUGCCAGUGAGCCGGCUGGAGAUCCCACAGUACAUCAGUCGUUGCUCGGUGUGUGAAGCACCUUCCCAGGCUAUUGCAGUACACAGCCAGGACAUUACCAUCCCGCAGUGCCCCGAGGGCUGGCGCAGCCUGUGGAUUGGAUACUCGUUCCUAAUGCACACUGCAGCUGGCGCAGAAGGCGGAGGUCAGUCCCUUGUCUCACCCGGCUCUUGCCUUGAGGAUUUCCGUGCUACUCCUUUCAUUGAAUGCAAUGGUGCCAGAGGAACCUGCCAUUACUUUGCAAACAAAUACAGCUUCUGGCUGACGACAGUCGAACGCACGCAGCAGUUUGUCGGUGCUCCUCCCUCAGAAACUCUGAAAGCAGGACAGCUCCGAACACGAGUCAGCCGUUGCCAAGUAUGCAUGAAGAACUUGUAGCAAAAACCACUCAAACAAAUAAAACUUUGCUACUUAAGAAUUUAAACCUCAAUCAUUGGAAGAAGAAAUAUAAA